AUGGCCACUAUAUUGUGUCAUCAACACCAACUACAUUCAAAUCAAUGUAAACCAGGGUCAUUUACUAGCAAACACACAAACAGUACAUCAUCUUUAGGAGAAAGCGAUGAUGAAAUAAAGUAUUAUGAUAAAAAAUCAAAAAAUCAACAAAUGGUUUAUAGAUUUAGCAAAAGAAAUUCAGAAUUUUCUUUAGCAAAUGAUACAAAUACUACUAAUAUUAACAAAACAAGUACUAAUAAAAAUUUCAGAAAAGAAUUUAAAAUUAAAAAGAGAUUUGGAAAAUCAUUGGAUAGAAAUAAUAAUGAUAACAUUAAACAUUUACAGUUGAUUGAAAAUAAUUCAAAAUUUAAUUCAUCAUUUGCUAAUCAUUAUUUUGAUCCAUCAAACUAUUUUUCAUCUCUAAUUUCAAACUCGAAUAUAUCAUUAAAAGAAGAUGUCUCAGGUAAUUUAUCAAAAAAUAAAAACAACCUGUCUAAAAGACAAUUCAAUAAGAACAAUAAUUUGAAAUCAAGAACCUCAUCAUUUAGUAUUGACAAUUCUACAAUUAACACUAUUUUUAAUAAUGAAGGAAUUGUAAUAAAAACAAGUUUAAUUUUACCUUUACGAAGUAAAUACGAUCUAGAAGAGCGUUAUGAGGUGCACCAAAAAAUUGGAAGUGGUAACUUUAGUGACGUUUUUUUGUUAUCUUUAAAGAGUGAAAAUAAAAACCAAAAACAGGAAAUUGGUAGUAAAGAUAAUCACCAUAGUAAAUGUUUUGCAUUAAAAGAAAUUAACAAAGCCAAAAUGGAAGGGAAAAAUUUUUUUGUUGAAAAUGAAGUUUAUAUUCUUUCAAAUUUUAAACAUCCAAAUAUAUGUAAUCUUAUGGAAGCUUUUAAUACAAAAUCAUCUUAUUUAUUAAUAUUUGAAUUGGCAUCCAAAGGAGACUUAUUUGAGGCAGUAAAAAAACUUGGUCGUUUAUCUGAACCAACUGUAUCUUCUAUAACAUUUCAAGUUACAUCUGCUCUAGCAUACCUUCAUUCUAAUAGAAUUGUCCAUCGUGAUGUUAAACCAGAAAAUAUAUUAUUAAAUUCAGAUUUAACAGUUAAAUUAACUGAUUUUGGUUUAGCAUGCCAUGUUCCUACAAACAAAUAUUUAUCAAGAAUUUGUGGAACAAUGAGUUACGUCUCACCAGAAGUUAUUAUGGGUAAAUAUGGUGUUGAAUGUGAUAUGUGGAGUUUGGGAGUUGUUUUUCAUAUAAUGUUAGUUGGUCAUGCUCCAUUUAGAAGUCAAGAUAAACAAAAACUAUUUAAAUUAAUUUCAAAAGCUCAAUUUAGUAUGGAACAUAAAUCGUGGUCAUCUGUAAGUAGAGAAGCACGAAAUCUUGUUCUUAGAUUGCUUACAUUAGAUGUCAAUCAAAGAAUAAAAGCAAAUGAAGUUUUAAAUCAUCCGUUUAUAAAAAAAGAUUUUUAUUAA